AUGGCUGCGUUUAGAAUUUCCGCUGGAGAUUGUUUUGAAUGUAUUGAACGUCUCGAACGCGUUUCGAUUUCGCCUUGUUCUUUGAGAGAAUUAGAGUCACAACUGAAACAAUUGUACGACCUCCUAGUAACCCAUCAGGCUCUGAUCGACUCACAUUUAGUCAAUUUUUUCACUGAGAACAUGUGGGACACACGCCUCCCCACAGAAUGGACAGAGGAACUAGAGAGAAUCAGAGAUGACCAGCUUACUGUUUUAUCAGCCAGAAGAGUUAGGGAAGUGGUGAAAUCUCCGUCUCUGAUUGAAUUCGUGGAAGAGUGUGACAGAAUGAGUCUGACAAGCCUCGGAGUUCCAGAAUUUCGGCGCGUACUAAGUCUUUGCACCCAUGAACAACCAAACUUAGCAAUGAACGAGAAAAAGAGACAUGAAGUCAGUCAAAUGAUUGAUUUAUUAGGAUAUCUUACAAAAGCUGUUGAAAUCAGCCAGGUGAUUGAUGUCGGCAGCGGUCGGGGUUACCUCAGUGAGGCAAUUGCUCUAAAACAUCGUCUCAAGGUCAUUGGACUUGAGAGCAAGGAAGGAAACACACACAGUGCAACGAAACGAAAUAAAAUUUUUGAGCGAGUAAUGAAAAAUAGUGUUGAGCAAAUGCAUGUUGCGUCUGCUGCUUCCUAUGUACCUGUGACUGUCACGGUCGAGGCUCGAUCAGAAUCUGAUGCACACUCAUUUCUUGAACAAUUAGCAAGAGAAUAUCCGGGCAUUUUGGACAGCAGAGAAUCAACUGCAAUAGUAGGUCUCCACACAUGCGGGCAACUAGCAUGUACAAUACAAGAAAUCUUCCUCACAGAUCCUCAUGUUAAGCUUCUCUUCUAUGUUGGCUGUUGCUACCAUCUUAUGUCUGAUGACACAGGAUUUCCUCAGAGCUCUUUUUUGAAAAGUAAACGUGCGACUUUGAGUAGAACAGCUCGAAAUUACUGCCAGACAGCGAAAGAACAGACAGGAAGCAAAUAUGUGAGGUCUGAGUCAUUAUUUUAUCGAGCAGUAUUACAAUGGAUUAUUAGACAUGAACUUGGAGGUCACGUGGACCAUUUAGAAGGCACUACAACAAUCUGA